GUUGUCGGUCGGAAGAUUUGCAACAGGUAUAUUUAUUGGUACCCAGGGCUGCGAGAGGGAACGUUACUGGGUCAUCGCGAGCGUGUUGGUGCAGAAUAUGCAGUUAGAUUUCAUUCCGGGUGGCACGAGAAAGUCAACCGAGAGUGUGAGAAGAAAUCGGCUUCGCGGAGGAAAGUUUUCUCCUGGUGCGGAACACGGAAUACCAAACGGGUGAUACCUAGGUGCAUUACUGAGAGAAAGCAACCGUUUUGGUCGAAGGAAAAUAAAAUUUAAGGAAAGAAACCGAGAAGCAGGUGCCGGCUUUUUGGCAGUGGCUGUGAAUUAUGAUUGAAGUGUGCCUUUUCAGAAUGUGAAUGUAUGAAACGGAGUUCGCCUAAUUAAAAAUUUCAAUUUAUUGUUUUACUCGAAAAAAAAGUGCACAACUUCAUAAAGAAACCGUUUGUUAAAUCCGUCCAUUUAGCGGUUUAGAGCCGGCUUCUCGCACAUGCCCGUCGGUUGUGGUGACUAACGGGAACAAAACGGGAAAUUACGCUCCGAGUGCAGCAGCAACAGCUCUGGUCAUUCCCGUUGACUUGGUGCAACACGUUAGAUUCGCAGUACCCCCGAGUCGUUUGCGAUGGAUAAGCAAACCGUGGCACUUACCACAAUAUUUCUGUUGUUGGUCUUAGAACUCAACGCCGCCCUCGGAAUCAAAUGCUUCCGGUGUACGGUAGCUCCGCCCAAUCGCUACGCCGCAAACAGUACAAAAACGCAGCUGUGUUCGAAAUUUGACCACUCCGAUUACUACGCCGUAGACUGUCCGUGGUCUACGAUGUGCGUGAAGCGAAUUUUCAAAAUCCAGCUGAUGAACCGCGAACAGGAGACCAUCAGCCGCGACUGUGCCCAACAGAAGAAAACCGAACAGAUCUACAAAAAUGGUAACUGGACCAAAGAGCACCACAUAGAAGAGCCCUACGAGGAGGGCUGUCAAACGAUAGACGACUCCACGUACUGCUUCUGCCGGGGGUCGAUGUGCAAUGCGGCGACCAAGGUGGAAAAGAACAGCUACCACACGGAUGCGAUGGCGGUCAUAUUUGUGUUCAACGUGAUGAAGUACAUUAGGAACAUAGAGUACUGACAGGGCGGAUGGCUAGGUUUCGUUUCUACGUUAAAAAAUCAUAGGUUAGGCAUAACUUAAUUGCUUUUUUGACUGAACACUUAAGUCACUAACGAGAAUAUUUUUUGUUUGUUAAACAGUUGUUUUAUGCUCGAAAUUGAUGUGAUAUAAUAAAUAAGUAGGAAUUAUUGU